AUGAAAUCGAAAUUAAUCAUUGGUGGUAAAGAUAUUGUGACGCACACGAGUGAACAAGAAGAGACCAUUCGACAGAAACGGCGUUUGAUUGCUGAAGCUGAACGUCGUCAACGUGAAGUUCAACAACGAUUAGCCGAAGGUGAAGAAGAACGACAAACGAUCAAUGCGAAAUAUACGAAUAUACAAGAAGAAGUUGAAGAUAAACGAGCGAAACGUGAUAAGUUAUCGAAGCAUCUGAAGAAAAUUGAGGCCAAACGAACGGAGAUAGUCCAACAUCAACCAUCUGCACGAGAAGAACUCGAAGCUGAACAGCGAGAGAUUCAAAAACAAUCCAAACUUCUUCAAUUAGUUAUCGAAAUUUUCAUUCCAAAAGAUGAACGUGAACGAUUAUAUAAAAGAAUUCAAUUUGAUGAUCAUCAGAAUCAAUGGACAUUGAAAGAAUUAUCGAAAGAAACGUAA